AGGAUUUCACUUUCUAAUAACACCCUUUUCAUUACGCACGAGAAUUUAUUAUUCCCCCAAUCUUAUCAACUGAAGUUGCUGCGUCGCUCUAUCUCCCGACAAGCACGCUUAUUCAUCGCCUCUUGCGAAUCACCGUUUACUUCUUCUUCUUUGCUCACGGUGAAAACAAACACACGUGAAUUGGCACAGCUUUUGGAAAAAACAAAAUCUAUCUCUCUUCUUCUUUCCCGUUUCCUCUGUGCAUCUCUCCAAACAUUAUUAUCACUACGACUGUUUUUAUUCUUUCUCUCCCGCUUUCCUUCUUUGUCAACAACACCAAAAAGCUGCAAUAUUAUUUUUCUUUUUAUCACGUUAAACUCCAUACCCAGAAAUUAUUAUCUCCUCCUAUACAAUUGUCUUUCUUCCUUUAUAUAUUUGUACACCGCGCGAAUCAACGAAUCACUCUACUUUUGUUUUCCGGAACAUCAAAACCCAACAACACCACUAUUCGUUGUUCUCCGCGGAACAAAAGAGGCGUGACAAGACAAAACAUCAUCAACAGCAAGAAGCGCCAUCGCCAUGGCGGAGCAGCAGGCUGAAUGGACGCAAGCGGCGUCCGACUUGAUGGCCCGCACCGUUGCCCUCGCUCGCAAGAAGUCCAGCGGCUACCUCGACCCUGCCCACCUCGCCUACUCGAUGUUUGAAGACGACAACAGCCUCGCCUCACGCGUGCUGCGCAAGCUGAAGGCCGCGGACGUCAAGGAGGCACUCGAGGCCCGUGUGGACGCGAUUCCCACGCAGACGCCCGCGCCGACGCAGCCGCGACCGAACUCGGACAUGAUGCGCGUGCUGAACACCGCCGAGCAGGAACGCGUGGCCCUCGGUGAUACCCUAAUGGCGGCCGACCACUUCUUACUCUCCCUGCAUGAGUCGAAGGAGGUGGGCAAAAUCCUCGACGCCGCCGGCGCGGAUAAGAAGGCGAUUCGCAAGAUGCUGCUGGAGAUGCGCAAGGGUAAGAAGAUCACCGCGGACUUCCAGGACGACAACUACGAGUCGCUGAACAAGUACGCCGUGGAUAUGUGCAAGCAGGCUGAAGAAGGCAAGCUGGACCCGGUGAUUGGCCGGGCUGAAGAGAUUCUGCGCACGAUUCGUGUGCUGUCGCGCCGGACGAAGAACAACCCUGUGUUGAUUGGUGAGCCGGGCGUGGGCAAGACGGCCAUUGUGGAGGGCAUUGCGCAGCAGGUGGUGCGCGGCGACGUGCCCGACACCCUCGCCGGCAUUCGCAUCUUCUCUCUCGACAUGGGUGCGCUGAUCGCCGGGGCGAAGUACCGGGGCGAGUUUGAGGAGCGCCUAAAGGCCGUCCUGAACGAGGUGAAGGAGAGCGACAGCAAGAUCAUCCUCUUCAUCGACGAGAUACAUCUCGUGCUCGGCGCGGGCAAAGGUGACGGCGCGAUGGAUGCGGCAAACUUGCUGAAGCCGCUGUUGGCGCGGGGGGAGCUCCGCACCAUCGGCGCGACGACGCUCGAGGAGUACCGCCAGUACGUCGAGAAGGACGCCGCCUUUGAGCGCCGCUUCAUGCCAGUCUACGUCAACGAGCCGACCGUGGAGGAGUGCACGAGCAUUCUGCGGGGGCUGAAGGAUCGCUACGAGCAGCACCACGGUGUGCAGAUCACGGACAAGGCCGUCGUCGUCGCGGCGCAGCUGGCCAACCGGUACAUCACCAGCCGCUUCUUACCAGAUAAGGCGAUCGAUUUGAUUGACGAGGCGUGCGCAAACGUGCGUGUGACGUUGUCGUCGCGCCCGGCCGAGAUCGACGCGCUCGAGCGCCGUCGGCAGCAGCUCGAGAUUGAGGAGAAGGCGCUGCAGCGGGACAAGGACGCGGCGGCGAAGUCGCGGUUGAAGGAGGUGAAGGCGGAGAUUCAGAAAAUAACUGAGGACCUCGGCCCGCUCGUCGACAAGUACGACCAGGAGCGUGGCCGCCUCGAAGAGCUGCAGACCACUCAGGCGAAGCUGGACGAGAAGAAGGUGAAGUUGGAACGGGCGGAACGGAUGCGAGACAUGGAAACCGCCGCGGACUUGAAGUACAACGUCAUCCCGAUCAUCCAAGACCGCAUCCGCUCGCUAAAGGAGGAGAUCGAGAAGCAGAAGGCAACAAUGCUGCAGGCGACGGUGACGGAGCUGGACAUCGCCGCCGUCGUCUCGCGCUGGACCGGCAUUCCGGUGACGAAGCUGAGUCAAACCGACCGUGAGCGUCUUCUGCACCUCGCGGACCACCUGCACCUACGCGUGAAGGGGCAAGACGAGGCUGUGAACCGUGUGGCGGAGGCGAUCUUGCGCUCGCGUGCGGGUCUCUCCCGGCCUGACCGGCCCACCGGCUCCUUCCUCUUCCUCGGCCCCACCGGUGUGGGGAAGACGGAGCUGGCGAAGGCGGUUGCCUCGGAGCUCUUCGACGACCACAAGUACAUGGUGCGGCUUGACAUGAGUGAGUACAUGGAGCAGCACUCGGUGGCUCGUCUCAUUGGUGCCCCGCCGGGCUACAUCGGCCACGACGAAGGCGGCCAGCUGACGGAGCCGGUGCGCCGUCGCCCGCACACCGUCGUGCUGCUGGACGAGGUGGAGAAGGCGCACCCGAACGUGUUCAACGUCCUCCUGCAGGUGCUGGACGACGGCCGCCUGACGGACUCGCACGGCCGCACGGUGGACUUCUGCAACACGAUCAUCAUCAUGACCUCCAACCUGGGGGCGCAGUUCCUGCACAACAUGGGCGCCUCUCCAAAGGCGUACGAUGCGGCGCAGCAGCAGGUGAUGGGCGAGGUGCGCAAGUUUUUCCGCCCCGAGUUCAUCAACCGACUCGACGACAUCAUCCUCUUCCGCUCGCUGACGCAAGAGGAGAUGGCCGGCAUCAUUGAGCUGAUCAUCGAGGAGCUCAACGGACGCCUGAAGGACCAGCUCAUCAGCGUUACCUUGACGGACGAGGCGAAGUAUUUCAUUCUGCAAGCAGCCUUCGACGCGGAGAUGGGCGCGCGCCCGCUGCGGCGCUGGGUGGAGAAGAACAUCACGACGGAGCUGAGCCGUAUGAUUAUCGCGCAGGAGCUGCCGCAGAACAGCACGGUGAAGCUGACGUUGAACAGCACGCAGACAAAGUUGGUCUUUUCAGUGAAGCGGGCUGCCUCGGGGCCGUGA